AUGCAUUUCUGCGUGUUUGGUUUCCUGAAGAGGCACAUCAUCAAGCAAAUAGGCGCACGGAGAACACGGAAACCAUUAUUUCAGAUUACUGGAGAAGAUAGAUCAACAUCAGCUGCAGAUGAUAACAUAUAUGAAGAUGAUUCGGUGAAAAGAUCAAUUUUGAGCGCACCAUUAGUUGAGUUCAGCACUGUUUAUUCAGCAACGAACAAUUUCAGUGAAAAGCUUGGCGAAGGUGGAUUUGGUCCAGUUUUCAAGGGGAUACUACCAGAUGGCCAAGAGAUUGCUAUUAAGAGGCUAUCUAAAAGCUCCGGGCAGGGAUUGGAAGAGUUCAAGAAUGAGGUGACGGUGCUAUCCAAGCUGCAACACUGGAACUUAGUGAGGCUUUUUGGUUGUUGUAUUCAUGGAGAAGAGAAGAUGAUGUUGUAUGAAUACAUGCCCAACAAGAGUCUUGACUCAUUUAUUUUCAAUGAAAGUAAGAGACUUGUAUUAGGCUGGAAAUUGCGAUACAAGAUUAUUCAGGGAAUUGGAAGAGGGUUACUGUACCUUCAUCAGGAUUCCAGGCUAAAAAUUAUUCAUAGGGAUCUCAAAGCAAGCAAUAUUUUACUAGAUGAUGAUUUCAACCCCAAGAUAUCGGACUUUGGCAUGGCUAGAAUUUUCGGCGAACACCAGCUUCAAGACCUUACUCGCCGAAUUGCCCAGGAAUCUUGGAACCAGCAUAAGAUCAAGGAGGACCUUCUGGAUUCAGCCGUGGGCCAACCGGAGCCGGAGAUCCUCCUUCAGCUGGAGAGAUGCGUGCAGGUCGGCCUUCUUUGCUUGCAGCAGUCGCCCGCCGACAGGCCAUCCAUGGCUGAAGCAGUCGCGAUGCUGACGACGAACGGCAGCAGCAGCUCAUCGCAGGCCCGUCGUCCGGACAGCAGUGCCGCCGCGUCUCCUCUCGCAACGCAGGCCACGUCUGGCGCACACGGCGACUCCAUCUAUCUCACGUAG